AUGAAUAUAGAAAUUUCAAGAGCAGAACUAUUAUAAUGGGUUAAUGAUACAUUAAAACUCUUACUCUAAAAAAUUGAACAACUAGGAACUGCUGCAGUAUAUUGUCAAUUAGUUGAUGCUGUUCAUCCAGGAAAAAGUUUAUAUCUAUAUUUUAUCAAUAACAUAGUUGCCUUAAAUAAGAUUAAUUGGAAAGCUAAACAAGAAUAUGAAUUUGUUAAUAAUUAUAAGGGUUCUCUAAUAAGCUUUCUCUAAACUAGGAAUUCAAAAACCAAUAGAAAUAGAAAAGUUAACAAAAUGUAAAUAAUAAGAUAAUUUGGAGUUUCUUUAAUAGUUAAAGAAAUAUAUGGAUUAGAAUAUUGUACCUAAAGACUAUGA